AUGGGUAGCUCGUCAGCAUCAACGCGUGGCAAAAGGACGCAUGAAACAAAUGAUCUCAACUUCGGCCAUUUCGGUGCAUGGAAGUACGAUAGUGCCGAGGAGGCCUGGUCGAGUCUCCGACAAGGUCUACCUCGCGGCAGAAACGAAAUCCCCAUUUUGAAUUUUCUGAAUAUGGCGGAACUGCAUGAGAAAUCCCAAAAUCACGGCAGAUCAGCUACUGUCAUCGCUGAUACCCCCCCAAAGCGGCCACUGCGAUUGUUCAAACCAUAUCAGGCUGCUCUAGGACGAUCUUGCAACGCCGACACAAGCGCCGUCAACGAGCCGUCGGCACAAUCGAGCAGCAUUUUCUGCCACGCGCAUGGCCCCUACGAGCAAGACAGCCAUGUGUCACUGCUGCCUGUCUUCCUGUACCGUUCACGACUCGACAGUGCUUCGCUAGCUAUACAUCCUAUUCGAUCCCGCAACGCCCUGGAACUUAGACGAGCCAUACCGGAGCUUGGGUCCAAUGCCUGCAUAGUUCCUGCACCAUGUCGUGGCUCAAUACUUGGUAUCACCGGAUCUCCCGAAAAAGACAACAUUGCCAUUCGGCAGGGCACCGCCAGCACGAUCUGCAGAGUCCACGUCAGUACCCAAAAACGCAGCACAGAUGGUUCCGGCACGGUCUUCGAGCUUGAAGUCGUUGCCUCAAUUCCAAUCAGUCGUACAGGUGGAUGCGCGCACGCUCAUGUCGCUUUCGACCCAUCUAACAGUGGCAAGAUCGGCAUCGUGGACGAACGGGGCAAUUGGAGCGUUUGGAAAUUGAAAGGCAAAAGAAACCAGUCGGCUAGACUACUGAUGUCCGCCCAUCUGCAAGCAUCUGGAAGACUACUCGCCGUUACUACCGCCACGAUAUCCACUGCUAUACAUCCUGUCGAGGGCUGGCACCGCAUUUGUUGGCUGGAGAUUGAGGAACCAGACAUACGACUGCUAUUGGUGUGCAAUAGGCAGAACGCACGUGUGUUCGAUAUAUCUGGCAACUUGCUCAGCGAUGUCGACGUACGACUUGGGCAGACUGCGGCCCAGAACAGAUUUCUGGAUGUGCAGCACAGUGGCAUUGACCGGUCAAUAUGUUACAUACUGACAGGCAGUCGCAUUCUUGCCAUGCAGUUGACGAAACCCGAGACGGGCGCUGCUAAGCUUGAGGUGGUGUGCUCCUGGGUGCAUUUCCUCAACGGGCAGAACGGAAACCUGGCGAUGAGCGUUAUUGAGAGUCAUGACUUACGCUGCGUUGUCAUCCAUGACGGCUAUCAAUCACCACAACUCUUUUGUAUGAAGGUCUCGCCUCUACAGGGAUUAGUCGCAGUGGGCGAUCGUGCAAGUCUCCAGGCUUCCUCAGAGCUAGACGAGACCCGCUUCACAGCGGUGUCAGCACUCCAGCUGGUCGAACUUCCGCCCAGGCGACGAGCCCGACAUCCAGCCCCGUCCGACUUCUUCGUCAAACUUGUUGCAUGCGACGCAAAUGAAAAACUUCUGGACAUUACAUUCGAGCUCGGUUCCGAUGUUGCUCACGAUAGCAGUGUCGGCGAUGUCAGUGGGACCGGGACCACGGCUUUGUAUCUGGGCCAGGACGAAGACUGGCAUUUUGCGAGCUCUAGGCGCAUCGAUUAUGGCGAGGGCCUCAGCGAUCAAGUGAUUCCUGACGAUGCUGAUCUUGAAUUGGGGGUGGAACAGCACUUGAUACAACGAGUGUUGCCUGAAAUUCACGACCGAGCAGCUAAGGAGUGGAAAGAUAUUCUGCAAGACACGAUCAGUGCGUCUGGGACAAAAGCGGCAGAGGAGGCGUUCCAAGAUGUACAACAUUUCGCAACUGACACAGACCGCAAGCAUGAAGUACGCCAGGUCGCCGCAGAGCUCAUGUCCGAUGUCCACAUCGCAGACUUGCAAAGUUUUUCGCAACGCCUGGAUGUAUGGGCAGAACAGAGCGCGGACGGUAGUAGACCUGCGCCUGCUGUACCAUCCUACAGAUCCAGAGACGCUUCAUCGAAGGCUCUGGUCGACGAGCACGAGGAACUUCUCAACGAAUUCGUCGAACCGCUUUCUCGAGAUUUGCCCGACCGUGUACGAGUUCAAAGUGAACGGAUCGCAAGACAAGUGGCUUUGGAUGGGUGGAUGUCAUCAGUCGUACUAGGAGACACUGCGCCUCAGCAAGGAGAUGUGGAGAUGGUGCAGACGAAGCAAGAAUCACCUUCACCAGAGGAGGGCCAUGCUGAGAGCAAACACGACAACGACUUGUACACGGCGCUGCGCCGGCACACGAACUUCAACGUGCCUAUGAGCACAUCUACAAGUCAAGCGACAGCUUCGAGGAUCAUGGCACAUCUUCCUACCGGGCUCAGCGAUCCGAUUUCGUACUCCUACCACGACAUUGAAACAGAUCUCCGGGAGCAUCAGACGCAGGAGGAGCUCGCAAGCUUCCCGGAGAAUGAGCGUCGAAAACUCGAGCGGGCGCAGAUUCGGAAAGAGCAGAGGUUGGCGCAGCUACAGCGGCGGAGAGAUGCCAUACAGUCGCAGGACUUCAGCGUCCCUGGACUGAAUGUCUUGGAUCCCCGCGAGGUCCAGAGCAGUCAGCUCGUGCCGGAUAUCAAUGGCACCAGUCAGGCGGUGCCGAUGCCAAUGACGCAGCCGGAGAGAGGUCCUCAUGGUGAGCGAAAGCUAUUGAAGAGCAAAGGUGGAAAAAGAAGGAAAGGAUUUUGA